UACAAUUUUGUUCCUUUCGGUCAAGAAUUUCACUGAUUACUACUGAUUUAUCUUAAGACUGGUGCAUCUCUGCAAUCCAAGAGCCCUGUGGAAAACGUCCCUCUACGAAAUUUCUUGGUUGGGUCUGUCCUGUUAAGUCUUUUCCUUUAAGGGUCUGUCCUGUCUUUUACUAGUCUUGACUAGGUUAACCGUGUGUUUCCCCUUGUUGUAAUUUAGAGGUUUGUAAGGAGAAAUGCAGCCGCAGCUCUCUCUCUGUAGAAGAUUUAUAAAGGCAGGAGAAACAAACUAGUUUCUUAUUGUAUGAUCUCCUAGAUGGGAAGAGCAAAAUAUUGGUCAAAAUCAGCUCCUUCUAGCUGCCAAAACAGAAAGCGGGCAAGAAUCUUUGAAAACCAAAGAGAAGACCAAGAACAAGAACAAGAAUCAUGCUUUUACGAAGAAGAAGAUGAUGAAGAAGAAGAAGAAGAAGAAUCAAGCGAAAGCGAAAGAGAAUGCGAAGAUGGUGAAGAACCUGAAUCGUCCAAAGGUUCCAUGAUUGUUUUCAUAACCGAACCUAAUGUGCUUGAUUGUGAUAUCUACUAUGAGCCCUUGACUACUCCUGUCUUUCAGGAAUGGCAUAUAGCUUGCUCCAAGUGCUGCCAGCGACUUAAAAACAAAUGUCCCUCAUGCAGAUUGCGUAUCAGCUCUAUCCGUUGCCGGGCAAUCGAAAAAAUUCUUGAGUCGAUCAGAGUAUCAUGUCAAAACACUGCCUAUGGAUGCAAUGAAACAUCAAUGUUGUAUAAACUGAAACACCACCACGAGAAGACUUGUGUCUACGCUCCAUGUUCAUGUCCCUUUGCCAACUGCGACUACCAGAGUUCGCUGAAGCAGUUGCCUCUCCACUUCGACGAGAGGCAUCCAAAUGACUUGAGUUAUUCGUUCAAGUACGACUCACCAUUCUCAAUCAAUUUAGAUGAGAAUGUCCAAUGCAUUGUCCUUGAAGAAGAUAAAGAAGGUGAUCUAUUUGCCAUCACAAAGGACACGAGUCAAUUCUUUGGGAAUGCAGUUGUUAUUAGUCAUAUUAUUGGGACAGCGGUGCAAAGACGACAUCCCUAUGAACUCGACGCAAGUAUAAAUGAACCUGAAGGAACCAGCACUCUCAAAAUUCAGUCUUUCACAAGAAAUUAUGUGCCAUGUAAGAGCAGCAAGGGUAAAACUCCUCCUUCUGCAGGGACAUCCGUUGUGAUUCCAAAAGAUUCCUUGUAUGGAGGUUGUUCGUACUUGCGGCAGGUCAGACUGUCUGUAUGCAUACAUCCCUCUAUCUGAAGAACGUUCUAUAUUUAUGAUCCAUCUGUUCAUUAAGGAAGGAUAUGUAUGCAUGGUUUUUCUAUUUAUUAUGUACAAGUUUACUGCUCAUUUCUAAAUUCUCAAAUGCUCCUCUAUUUGUAAAA